AUGACUGCAAAUUCAGAGGAUUCCAACAACGUUGGUGCUGACCGCAGUCCGAUGCAGCCGAGCUGGAAAUCGCUCUUCGGAUUUACGUCGAAAAGGCAUUUGCCAACUCUCGUAGCUGGCUCUUGUUUCGCUCUAGUUGCCAGCUGUAUCACUCCUGCCUUUGCCAUAUUUCUAGGCAAUAUCUUCGAUUCGUUCACAUCCUUCGGAGCCGGACAGAGCAGCGCUCAAAGACUCCAAGACAGCAUCGUCUCAAACUGUUUUGGGAUGGUCGGGCUGGGAGUCGCCGGUUGGUUCUUAAAUGGUGCAUACUAUGCCUUAUUUGUGGCAUUUGGUGAACUUCAGGCGUCUAGCAUUCGUGAUAAUGUCUUCAUUGAGCUGCUCAAACGGGAUGUCGAAUGGUUUGAAGCCCAGCAAGAGGGCUCUGGCGCUUUCCUCUCUGGGAUCCAAGCUAAUAUCCAUGAUUUGCAGAUGGCGACCUCGCAGCCCCUCGGACUUGUUCUCCAGUACUCGUUUCGAUCCAUUGCAUCGCUCGGGCUUGGGCUUUAUACUUCAUGGAGCCUGUCUCUUGUCACGCUCGCCGGAAUUCCCAUCUUCUCAUCCGUCAUCGCCUUGCUCUCCAUCAGAAUGAAAUCCAGCAUCCAAGCACAGCAAGUCGAAUUGACCCGUGCAUCCAAAAUAGCCAACAAUGCCAUCGCCUCUAUCGAUACGGUCAAGUGUCUCAACGGCCAGUCUCUGGAGUCACAUAAUUUUUCCUGGUGUAUCGACGGGUCCGCCAGGCACUAUCUGAGACAAGCACGUUUGAAUUCCCUUCAAAUUUCAUUCAUCCGGUGGAUGAUGUUCGGCAUGUUUGUUCAGGGGUUCUGGUAUGGCAGCACGCUCGCUCGUUCCGGCAAGCUUACUUCGGGAGAAGUGCUGAGGACUUUCUGGGCCUGCCUGACUGCCGCACAAUCUAUUGAGCAAAUCUUGCCCCAGAUGAUCGCCAUGGAGAAAGGCAAGGUUGCCAGUGUUGCGCUGAAAUCAAUCACAAGUUACCAUGCAGAGAGCAAAAUGGUCAGUGAGAUGAAAGGUAGCCUGUAUCCUCGCCACUGUGAGGGGGACAUCGAGGUCAACAAUGUAUCCUUUUACUACCCCUCUGCACCGGAUCAGUGUGUUCUCAAACCAUCGACUUUCUUUUUUCCCGCUGGAGAAACAACCUUCGUUAUUGGGAAGAGCGGCUCCGGGAAGAGCACGUUGAGUCAGUUGUUGAUGCGCUUUUAUCUUCCCACAUCAGGUGAUAUUCUGAUCGAUGGGAAUUCGAUUCAAACACUCAGUACGAGCUAUAUUCGGAAUAACGUCACUCUCCUUGAACAGCGCAGUGGCUUGUUUAACGAGUCUGUGCUUACCAACAUUGCAUUUGGACGCCGGGGGCUCGGACCAGUCAUCAAGUCAGACGUGAAGGACGCAAUUGACUUGGCUAUGCUUCAAAGCACCAUCGAUGGAUUGCCCAAGCGAAUCGAUACCAGUGUCGGUCCCGGAGGAAGUUUCUUGAGCGGUGGACAACGGCAGCGAGUGGCAAUUGCACGGGCGAAGCUACGUGACACGCCAGUCCUGAUCCUGGACGAACCUACCAGCGCCUUGGAUUUUACGAACCGCGUGGCAGUGAUGAAGGCAAUUCGAGAAUGGCGCAAGAACAAGACAACAAUCAUUAUCACGCACGAUAUGUCGCAAAUUCAUGAGCAGGAUUUCUUGUACAUCCUGGAGAACGGCACGAUCACCCAGUCAGGCUACAGGCAUGAAGUGGAAAAGAUGCCAGGAAGUAAAGAGUAUUUCCAUUCAAUGGCACAACCUGAAUCAGACAAGAAGACCCGCCGGAAAAGUGCAACUAUACCUGAUUUCUACUGGAACAGCUCUUCUUCUGAGGACUCGGAGAGCUCAGAGGACUUCCGCCUCUCUCUUCCUCGGCGUGCAACUUUGAUCUCUAGAAAAUAUCUUUCCAGCCAACAGGAAAUGGCGCUCAAGAGAAACUCAAUAUACUCACCAAAUCCGGAAUUGGAUAUUGUCCCGGGUCGGCCCAAGAGGGUUUCAUUCUGGGGUGGGAUCCCAGAGAUUCCCGUUGAUAGGCCGGAAAUAUCGCCUAUGGAUGGCCUUGAAAUGGUUCGGAUUGAUGGGCAUGGUCCGCGAGCAGACCGAUACCUCCAUAACCGCAUUUCAUAUAUCUCACGAUAUCCCUCCCAGUUGAAACGUGGCAGGGGUUUUCGGCGUCGAUCGAUGAAAGCAAAAGGACGGCAUGCACGCAGAAGGAAUGGGAUGACUUCACUCACUCGGAUAAUGAGCACCAUUGGCCCAAGUCUAGCCAUUCGCGAGCGAGUUAUUCUGUUCUUCGGUUUUGUGUCAGCAUUAGCCCAUGCCAGCGCAACGCCGAUAUUUUCGUACUGUCUCUCAAAACUAUUCAGCACGUUCCAUGCCGGCUCAAACAGUGCGCAUUUGACCAUGACAUGGUCACUCGCUGUUCUGGGAGUCUCCUUUGGAGAUGGUCUGGCCUCGUUCUUCAUGCACUAUUUUCUGGAACUUUGCGGCGAGGCAUGGAUGGACAAGCUGCGGAAUACUGCUUUUCAGCGGAUACUCAAUCAGCCGCGGGCCUGGUUUGACAAGGAAGGCAAUGCAUCGUCAAAGCUCACUGUCUGUCUUGAUCAGAAUGGUGAGGAUAUGCGGAAUUUGAUAGGCCGUUUUGCUGGGUUUGUCGUCGUAGCGGCUGCCAUCACGGUCAUGUCUAUCAUCUGGAGUCUGAUUGCUUGCUGGAAAUUGACACUUGUGGCGCUCUCCUGUGGUCCUAUCAUUUACGUAAUUACCAGGGGAUUUGAAGAAACCAAUGGUUUGUGGGAGAGGCGCUGCAAUGAAGCCAACAGCAUUGCAUCCGAUGUCUUCACGGAGACUUUCUCGGAGAUCCGCACUGUGAGAUCACUAACUCUCGAGGGAUAUUUUCACCGCAAGCAAGUUAAAGCUGUCACUAAUUGUCUCAGAAUUGGACUGAAACGUGCCAUAUACACUGGGAUGCUAUUCGGAAUGGUCGAGUCGACUGUCGUCUUUUCGAGCGCGUUGAUCUUCUACUACGGUGCCGUUCUUGUAACUCACGAAUUCAACGUGAACGAUGUCAUGAUGGUAUUUUCCAUGCUUCUUUUCAGCAUCGGAUAUGCCGCGCAGAUUCUCUCCUGGAUUCCUCAGAUCAACACAUCGCGUGAAACCGCAACACAACUCCUCCGCCUUGCCAGACUCCCGGAGGCUGGGUCACAUGAGCAUCUUGGGACCGUUAAAGCCACAGACUUGACCCCAAUCCAAUUCAACAACGUGAACUUCAGGUACCCAUCCAGACCAAACACGCUUGUCCUCAAAGAUGUCUCUAUGAACAUCCAGCGUAACUCCUGCACGGCAAUUGUGGGACGAUCUGGUUCUGGCAAAUCAACCAUCGCAUCACUCUUACUGUCACUUUACGAAGCUCCAGUUUCCAGAGAUGGUCGACCUACCGUGACACUCGGAGGCGUGGACAUAUUGCGACUCCACGUCCCGACACUUCGCUCUCAAAUUGCCAUUGUGUCCCAGCAGCCAACUAUUUUUCCGGGGACAAUCCACGCCAACAUCAGUUAUGGCAUUUUAGAAGACUCCCCUCUAGCCUCGCCACAGACCGUCCGCGCGGCUGCCCACGCUGCCGGCAUUGACGGCUUCAUAUCCUCACUCCCACGUGGAUACUACACCGUCGUUGGCGAUGGGGGUAUUGGCCUAUCAGGCGGCCAGAAGCAGCGCAUCGUCAUUGCGCGCGCUCUUCUGCGCCAACCUAAAAUCCUUAUUCUCGACGAAGCGACGUCUAGUUUGGACCCUGCUGGUGCCCGGGUUGUACGCCAGACGGUGAAACAGCUUGUUGUCGCACGUCAUAGUCUUACGGUUAUUAUUAUCACGCAUUCCAAGGAGAUGAUCGAGAUUGCGGAUCAUGUCGUUGUUCUUGAUCAGGGGGCUGUCGUUGAGGAUGGUUCAUACCUUGCGCUUGCAAAUCGGACAGGGGGUAAGCUGCAUACUUUGUUGAAUGAUCCAGAGGAGGCUGGUGAUGCUUAG